AUGCUAGGAAAACUAUUUAAGGGCCAGAAUGGAGCCACCGGUAGUCCCACAAAUUCAGUUCCCUCCACGAAUAGUGGCACUUGUAACACGUCUCAUAAUUCUUAUGAGGAUCCAUACACUCGAGAAAUACUUUAUGGCACCUUAAAUCAAAAUCUAAUUAAACCAUGUCAUUUGAACCUGAGACAAUUUAGAAUAUUGGUUUGCCAAGAUGGAGGAAAUCUUAGAACUAAACAGAUUUUAUUCGACUCUGCUUGUGAGAAUAACAUGAUUCCAAUAUGGGGCACAAGGACUGGAGUAGCGAAAACGCAACCUAAAGUGUUCCACAGUGUUAGCGAACUCAAUGACUACACAUUUGGAUGUGGUUUACCAUCAAAUGAAUCAAUUUGCACCACAAAGGCACACAUAUUACCAGCCCUCAAUAAUGAUCUGGUAAACGGAGCACAGCAUUCAAUAUUGAUUUCACGUUUAUUUCUGAUUAUAGAUGAAGACAAUUAUGUAAAUAAUUCAGAUGAAGGAUGGAAACCGAAAUCGGCUUUGUCUAUCAAAGCUAAAAAUUAUCUUUUUUCGAAGGACAGAGUUAGUAGUAGGUUUUCGAUAGGCUUAGUCGUUCCGUUGGAGUCGUUGAAUGAUUUACAUGAUGUGAUCUUUAACAACUGGGAAGAAAUAUCCCACUUUUUGAUUGUAUUACAGAAUAUUAUUAUAAAGAAACUAGUGGCUCAUUUGACUGAGAAUGCAUCUUUUAUAGUCAAUAAGAGAAUUCAAUUGACUAGUGGAAUCUUACAAAAUGAUCACGAAUUAGGAAAUCAGGUUUUUAGGCUAGUCAAGCUAAUUCACUACAAUUCGAAUUUGCCCAAACUAAUAAAUUCAAAUUAUUUAAUAAGAUCUUCUACUCGAAGUUCUAAAUACAGUGCAAUGAUGCUUAACUGGGUGUUAGAAAUUUUGAACUGGCUAGAAUUUAAGGACGGUAAGCCCACUUUCAAUCAUCCCCACCUGUCUCAGAAUACGUCUUUAUCAGUGGAGCAUAAUUCUACUUUUUUAUCAAAUAUCAUAGCAUUGAUAAUACCUUUAAGAAGGCAAUUAAUGCUGAAACCAGUCUCCGAUUCUUCAGAUUCCAAAAAGAAAGAGGUAGUCAGAAUUGUUUUAAUGACUGGGAAUCCAGUGGUUGCCAAAAAAUUGAUAUUCAUCUUAAAUGGCUUCAUUCCUGAGAGAGAAAGUGUUGCAUCUUUAGAUAUACCUGAUUAUAGAAGUGAAAGAAACAUAGCAUCUGACGCUUAUGAUGAUAUAGAUCAACUGAAUAGGUCUUAUGGAUUAGAUGCGUCAAAAGGAGACUUACAUAGCAUUUACUCUGGCGAUUCUGUCUUGGAGGCCCGGCCUAUUCCUAUUCGAUCACCUAACUUAUCUCGAUCGGUUGAAUCUUCUGAUAACUCCCCUACUAAGUCUUUUCUGAUAGUAAAAGGUUGGGAAAUUCCGAACAAAUCAGUUACGAGUACUUCAGGCAUCACAAACUCAAACAUCGAAACGACUUCUCAAAACAUACCAAUUAAACAGAAAACAACACCAGGGUCUUCACUAUCGAAAUCUUCAUCCAUGGCUUAUCUAUCAUCAUCUUUGAAUUCAUCAUUAUCCUCUUCUCAAUCAAGUCUUUCGAAAUGGGGGGGAAGUUUUUUGGAUAAAUGGAAGAAUCCAACAACGCCAACUACACAAAGUUCCAUGAAUGUUUUCGAACAUAAUAUAGACCAUUUCAAUUCUCCAAUAUUUGGUAGCCUUUCAAAAAGAAGUUCUGUUCAGUCAUUGAGGUCACCGUCUCCGGCAAUCGAAUAUGAAGAUUAUGGAUGGCCGCAAACUUCACUUAAUUCGAAUUCUUUCCAACAUAAGUUAUCAAGGACACAAUCGAUGUAUGAUUUGUAUAAUAAAAAUUUGUUUGAAGAAAAUAAACCGAUUGAUCUUAAUAGGACCAGAACUUCAAUAUUUACUCCCUUGACUGAGAGCAACGUUGUUAAGAAUAUAGAUACUCAUAACAGAGAUGCGAUAUAUAAGAAAUGUUCUUUUAUAAUGAAAUCAAGAAUCAGGUUGACCUCUUCAAGGGAAGGAGUGCUCGAAGUUGAACCUAUUAUCUUCGAAAAACAAGAAGACCUCGAUAAUGAUGGAAUAACAAUAACUUCUAGUUUUUCGGGUGGGGCACCGCAAGAGUUACCAGUAUUCAAGCGGAAGCCAUUAGCACCUAGCGUGGCAUUUUCAGAUGAAUUCAGACCGGAAUUUUUGUUACAAUCGUGCCCAAUAAACCCGAAACUAGAAAAUCAAGUGAUGAAUGCAAUGAAAAACGAUUUACUUUUUAACUUAAGUAGCAAGAAGUAUGACAAAAUAUCUUCCAAAACCAUCUUCAUAAGUUUAAGGGCCCGAGAAGUUAAGGUGAUUGAAAUGGCUACUGAGGGAGACCAUAAAGAACAACAUCCUUCGCACGAGGUUUCAUCAUUGCCAUCCUCUUAUAAUCUGGCUGAUUCGACACCUACUGAAAUUAAUUUUCAAAGAAGACCCUCUGCUGGUCAAGGUGGCGCUGGAAAUAGCUACAAAACGACUAUCAGAAAGGUUUUUUCUCCUCAUAGAUCCCUGGGAGAUAAAAAGUUGGUGAAUAUCAUUGAAAAUACCUUCCAUGAAAUCAACUCUUUAUUAAUCAACAAUAAAGCCGAUUCAAAAACGGCAAGCGACUUUAAUAGACUGCUCUCGAAGUGCGUUGCCGAUCUAUUAGGCUAG